UAAUGAUCCAUCCAUAGAAAUCCAAGGCAACAAGAGAAGCUUCCAAUUCCAAGUUCAUUCAUCAAACCAACCACAUCUUAACACAUCAAGGGUUGCUUGCUUCACAUGCCCUCAAAUUCAAUCCCUUGAAAGUAUUAUAAGGAGAGAAUGCAAGACCCAACAAUAUUUCAACCCAUCAAACCCCAAUUUCCUGAACAAGAACAACUUAAAUGCCCACGUUGCGACUCAACAAACACCAAAUUCUGCUACUACAACAACUACAAUCUCUCACAGCCACGCCAUUUUUGUAAGAAUUGCAGAAGGUAUUGGACCAAAGGAGGUGCUCUUAGGAACAUCCCAGUUGGUGGUGGAAGCAGGAAGAACACAAAAAAAUCAUCCACCAACAACUCCUCCUCCAAACGCCUUACAUCAUCAUCUGCACCAUCAUCAUCAUCAGUAUCCCCUUCACCAUCCGUUUCCACUCCAGCACAGGCUGCUUCAUCCGCUCCUGAAUCCGACUCGGCCCAGGCCUACGCCGCCCAGCCUACUGUGGCUGAUCAAGGCCCAGGCUUAAGCUUCAGUUCCCUAUUGGCAACUAGCCAUUUGGGGAGCCUAUUGGAGGGUCUGAAUUCAAAUGGAUCAAGUCUUAAAAUGGUGCAAAUGAAUGAAUUCGGAGUGAAUGUGAAUUCGACCGGUUCUGUUGAGCCGCCUGUGAGCUCGAAUUCUAGUAGAAAUCCAGGGUUGGAUGUUCAGAGUAAUGGCAAUAAUGCAGAGAGCUUUCUGAGUAUGCAUAAUGGUGAUUCAAGCUGUUGGAAUAAUGGUAGCAAUGGAUGGUCUAAUCUUGCAAUAUUUACACCAGGAUCAAGCUUUCAGUAGAAGCAGCAGAUUCACCAAAACUGAUGAAAUUGAUGAACCUUCUUA